UGGAAUAAUAUUUUUUAUCGUUUAAGAGAUAUAAAUUCAAAGUUACAAAUAACAUAUUUACUGCUGUGGCAUAAUACAAGUUUAAUAAAUUGGCCUGCGUCGCCGAUGAAAUCCACUUAUUUCUACCUGGACGUCGAGCUCAAAAAUGUCAUCCCAGACGGUAUUGAAGUCGGGCCCAGAAGGAAAAGACAUAAUCAUUGUGGCAAACCGUGAGGAGCUGGCAACUCCCAGCAAGGUGGUGCUGCCGGAGCCGGAGCCGGCGCCCGGCCUCAUCCUGGCCGACGGCUCCAUCAACUGGGGCUGCCCGUGCCUCGGGGGCAUGGCCACUGGACCCUGCGGGACACAGUUCCGAGACGCCUUCUCCUGUUUCCAUUACAGCGAGGCGGACCCGAAAGGUAGCGACUGCUACGAGAAAUUCAGUGUAAUGCAAGAUUGCAUGGCGCAGUACCCGGAGCUGUACGGCAAGGACGACGACGACGAGCUCGCCUCCGCGCUCGAGUCCGCGCAGCCCGAGCCCGCGCCCGCCGCCCACAAGUAGCCGCCACGCUCGCCACGCUCAUCACGCUCAUCACGUUCGCCACACCUCACUAUACUUUCCCAUACUUUUCUUCAUAGUCUGUUACAUCCUACCAUUAUCUCAUAAGUCUAGUGAUAAAUUUAACAAAUAUACUGAUAAUUAUUUUUAAAUAUUCCUAAAAUACAUUAAAUAGGCUUCAUUUAAUUACAAUGUAUGAGUAUGAAUUAGAUGGGUAUAGUAAGGUACCCUUGAAAGGUAGACAUGUGCCAUCGCGGUCUUUUUGUAGACCUGUAAUAGAGAAACAAUCCCACCAUACAUUGUUUUGUUAUAUCUCAAAAGGAUUAGACAGUAUUUUUGAUGAAAGCUAUUGAUUUUUUCUGACAUCUUAAACAAUUAUCGUCAUAUUUCAAUUAAUUUACACAAACCAAUAUCAAACUAUAUGUAUAAACCUUUCUCUUGAUUUACUUUGUCUAUUGAUUAAUACUUUAUUAAAAUCCGUUGUGUAAUACAAAAGAAGCGUACAGGCGGCGGGAAGCGAUUUUGUUUUAUACUAUGUAGAGAUAUAAUUAUUGUUUUAUAUAUAAACAAUAAAAUCGACAAACCUGUUUUAACUAUUGCAAAAUUUAUCAUUUUCUUUUAAAUUUAGAACUUAAUAAAAAGAAAAAAACGAUACAUUUAAUAUGCUUAUUGUGUUUAUGAAAUAAGGCAGUUAGUGUAUAAGUAAGUACCGAAGCGGUCACAAAGAUACGGAGCGCUGGUCAGUCAGUCAGCAGCAGCACUGCGCGUGCAGCGUGCAACGUGCAACGCGUGCGAUUACUAAUAAUAUGUGGCAGUGGACUCCUGCAGGCAGUUUGUUUACAAUAAUAUCUUUAUAUAUUUAGUGUAUAAAUAAAAAUUAGUUGAAUUGA